AUGGACUUCUCCGUACAGCCAUCAGACCCAAUUGUUAUCCUCGGAGCAGGUGUCUUCGGUCUAAGCACGGCUUUGCAUCUUUCUCAGAGAGGUUUCACGGAUGUAACUAUUCUCGACAAGCAAGAUUACGAUGCGUCGAAAUACGCAUAUCUUGAGGGCUGUGACGCUCCAUCGGCUGAUAUGAACAAGAUUAUUCGAGCUGCGUAUGGUCCUGAGACGGUCUAUCAGGACCUGUCCUUUGAGUCCAUGGAGCUGUGGAGAUCGUACAAUGACUACAUCUCUGCUGGAAGGGAUCUGCCACCUGGGUUAUCACAGCAGGAUGAGAUCUGGGUCAACAACGGCAACUUGCAGAUCAGUGCACAGAUGGAUUUGCCAUAUUUUGAGAGGAUGUCUAUCGAAAACAUGCGCAAGGCUGGGAAGAGAGGCACGCAGGUUGUUGUGACCAAUAAGGAUGAUAUAGACAGAGCCGAAAAAGCAGGCUUUGGGUUUGCGGUUGACCCUUUCGGCCGACGACACAAAAGCAAGCCGUACCAGGUGCUCCUCGACACAUCUGGCGGUUUCGUGUAUGCCGACAAGGCUUGCCGGCUGGUGUUGCAUCUUGCACGCCGAGCCGGUGUAAAGGUCAUCUUAGGCCAAGAAGCCGAGUUUGCUCGAUACUGCGAAAACCCCCAAGGAGAUAUCACAGGGGUGGAGACAGUCGGAGCCAAAACAUACCCGGCCCGGCUCGUCGUGGUUGCUUGCGGUGGUUGGACUCAACAGAUAGUCCCCACCAUGGACGAUUUGUGUGAGACAACAGGCGGUUCUGUGGCGGUGGUAAAGAUUCCAAAAACCCAUAAGUUGUACGAGCGAUUUUCACCGCAUAACUUCCCCACCUGGACCUAUAAGAUGCGUGAUGGGGCCGACGGCGGUCUUUACGGGUUUCCUGUGGAUGAGGAUGGCCACUUCAAGAUUGGUUACCGAGGCACCAAGUACAUCAACCCACAAACUAUCAGUGCCGAGAAGGAGAGAUCAGUACCUGUCACAAGGUGGUCCAAGCCACAUUCCAUCACACGUCUACCUUCACACGCCUUGAAUCGCAUUCGUAGCUUUCUCGAGGAGUUUGUUCCCGAGCUCGGUGAGGCGGGUUUUAACAUCACUUUCACCCGCCUUUGUUGGUACAACGAUUCUUUCGAUAACCACUUUGUUAUCGACCAUGAGCCUCACAAGAAAGGACUCAUGGUUGCUACUGGUGGCAGCGGACACGCUUUUAUGUUUCUACCCAACAUUGGCAAGUACGUGGUGGAUAGAAUCGAGGGUCAGAGCGGCGGUCCCCUCGAUUACUGGAAAUGGAGGACUCUAGAACCCUCUCAAAAGCCUGUCAAUGUUCUCGGCGAAGGUGGUCAGAGCAAGAGGGCGUUGCAGAAUCAUCGUCUGUAUCGGGACGAGGAGUUGGUCCUCGGCGGUACUGCAGGCCUCAUUAAAAAGUCUAGACUAUAA